CUUCCGCUAAGGGAUGCGCCGCACCACACACAGCUAGCCGCGCUCGUGCUCUUCAUCACGUUCAUCAUCCCUGUAUCAUCACGCGCAUUGCUAAAAAACAGCAAAAGAUGCUUUGUUGUUAUGUGGUAACAGACUAGCUUAGCACGUACGUCGUUUCUUUUAUAUCCUCGCCCCGGCUCCGCGCUGUGUGACCGUGGAUAAGAAAAACUGAUUGGAAACAACUGUGGCGCUGUUAAGCUAACGAGCAUUAGCUAGAGUAAGCUAGCACUCCCAAACAGAGACACGCCAAGAUGGACGAAGCUGCUGCCGCGGCGAUUAGACAGGACGGAGCUGCAAACAAGCCCCGCAAUGGAAACACGGCAUCUGAAAACAUCGUCGGUCCAUCGGCUGAGGACACCGCUGAUGGGGUUUUCUGCUGUCGGGAUUGCGGAGAAGCCUUCAGAGAGGAGGCAGCCUACUUGGAGCAUCGCCAUCAGCACCCGCAAGAAAGCUUGUAUUUAGAUGACCAGUUGGACAGUUUACAUGAAGCAGAAAAGGACAGUGAAACAGCUAAUUUCUGUACUUUAUGUUCACUAUCAUUUGUUGAAACAAGUGAAUUCCACUCACAUAUGGAGAAGAGCCAUGGUCAGACCUCCCAAAAGGAGUCUAAUAGUCAAAUCAAUUCUGGGAUAACAAAGCAGCACACCUAUGAAUGUCCAGACUGUGGGAAAUGUUACGGUGUGAUCGGACACUUUCUCAACCAUCAACGCUCACACAGACAAGCCUCCAAAUCCGUUUUUCAUGACCUUGAACAUUUGAAAAAGAAAUCAUUUCAGUGCGAGUCUUGUGGGCGGAAUUAUUCCCGCGCUUCAGCUCUCGAUGCGCACCGUCGUUGCCAUGAGGAAAAGUUAGUAAAGUCAAGAAACAAAAGUUCAGGAGAUGCAUUUCACACUGAGGAGUCAAUUGUUGAAGCCAAGCUGAGUGAAAUGCAGGCGGAGGAUACUUCUGAAAAAACGUUCAAGUGUUCAUGUGGUAAAGCUUUUACUGCUCUGUUGCGCCUUAAAACACAUCAGAGAUUUAGCCGCAACAGUCAGUGCUCUCCAGAAGAAAUGAAAGAAAAACCAAAGAAAACCUGCAGUGAAUUUUACUGUAGUGAAUGUAAAAAGUCUUUCAAUGGCCAUAUCGCCCUCUUCAACCAUCAGCGAUGGCAUGAUAAUCACUCACACGAUUCUGCGAAAAGGUUCCCAUGUGAGGAAUGUGGAAAAGUAUUUAUGACGCUUACGUUCUACUACAGGCAUCAGCGCAUGGCGCACAGUGAUGAGACCCCAGCUAAGUCGUUUCUUCAUCAAGUGUGUCAGCUACAGAAGAAGGCAUUUGAAUGUAAAGAUUGUGGACUCAAGUUUUCCAGGGCUUCAGCACUUCACGCCCAUCAGCUUCAUCACACAGAUGUUUUCAAAGAAACGGAAAAGGAGGGUCAGAUGCACACAUCUCUGCUACCUCAACAGAAUACUUUGGAAAUUGAAAGUAAAGAGACUGAGCAGGAAGAAGUGGAAUCAGAGAAUGUGCUUCUUACCAGCAUGGCUGAGGAAGACUUGCAUGUAAAUGAGACUGAUGAGGAGCUGGAGAGUUAUGAACCCGGGGACUUUAAUGUACAAGUGAUCAGUGCAAGUGAAUCUGAGGACGAGCCUGUCCAGGAGCUCAAUCCUGAUCUUGAGCUGCUGUGUGAAUCAGAUCAGGAAAUGAGAGAUGACUGCGGCGCUGGAGUGUCCUCCAGUAGCCUUGUCUCAAAACCGGGGCUGGAUUUAAAAAUUGUACAAAUUGACUUUGAGGAAAUGGAUGAACAGUGCGCACUGAUAGCAAGGGAAGCCGAGAGUAACACCUCAGAGGAAAGAUUUCAUUGUCCAGAGUGUUACCGUUGGUUUACUAGUGCUUCAUCACUGCGCGUUCACAGAAUGUGGCAUGGUGUUCGUAAGAGAAGACAGCAGACUCAAGGUCAGUCAGUGGCAGUUCACACAUAUGACACAUCUGGCCACAAAGCCGGUAGUUAUGCAGCACACAGUAGUCACAUACAACAACACAAGAAUAAAAAUACAAGCAAUGAUGGUGGUGAUGAUGAUAAUGAUGAUGAUGAUGAUGAUGAUGAUGAUGGGGUAGAGGGAACUGAAAAGAAAAAUUUGACAUGCAGUGAGUGCGGUAAAUGCUUCUCACGUUUGUCUGCUUUAGUCUCUCAUCAACUACAUCAUCCCAAAAGAAAAAAGUUUCAAUGUCCAGAUUGCAUGAUGUCUUAUUCAUACGCAGCUAGCCUGUUUAAUCAUAUGAAAAACUGCUCCGCACAGAAAAAGGAGAAUAUUUCAGUCACUAAGAAAGAAUACAAUCCAAAGAAAACCCUUCUUGGCCCAAAGAUUUAUCACUGCGAACAGUGUGGGAAGGGUUUUUGGUCUCUAGGAGCUUACUCCCACCACAAACAAAGUCAGACUGAGUGUACAGAUUUAAGGCUAAGAAAAGGUGUCACAGGAUCUUUGCACUCUGUGAACGGACACCCGCGCUUCAAGGUUGCAUGUCCUGUGUGCGGUAGAAAAUUCCGCCACAAGGGCAUUAUGGCAUUGCACAUGCGAAAACAUGAAAAUGGGAAUCACAAAUGUGAACUCUGCAACAGGUCGUUCCGUCUUUUCUCCAGCCUCCUCCGACACCAGGUUGUGCAUAAUGACCAGUUACUCCCACCGCCCAUCAAAUCUUUUCAGCAUCAGGUUGAGCAGCUGAAAAAGAACACAUAUUGCUGUCCUGACUGUGGGAAGCUGUUUUCACGGGCUAAAGCACUUCAGUUUCACAUGAAAAGCCAUGGGUAUGAGACUGGGCAUUCGCCGUCAUCACCAAGGUCUACUGUCACACUGGAGGAUCUGCAGUGUGCAACGUGCCUAGCACAUUUCAACAACAAGGCUUCUUUGAGGGCUCAUAAAAAACUUUGCAUUAAAAGAGAAAGUCAGAUAGUUGAAUGUAAGACAGAAAAUGAUAAUUCCCUAACAUCGCACAAGGAUGUGGAUGUGGAUGUGGACGGUGAGGAGCUGAAGAUGGAAAUUCAAACCGACGACUUAAGUACCACUAAUUUGAAAUACAAAUGCAAAAAGUGUGACAGAAGCUUUUCGGUGGUUGGAGCUUUGAAUUUUCAUAAAAGAAUUCACGCUAAAGGUCACAAAUCUGUAGGACAAGGUAAAUUUGGCAUGCCUGUAAUGCUUAAGAAACCUAAACAGGAAGAGCCUAGUAAAGGACUAUUUCACUGUUCAGAAUGUGGGCGGCGAUUCAUGUCCAACUCUGCUCUCGGCUCGCACAAAAGAUGGCAUAAGGAAAAGAAAUUUCCUCGGUCCUUGCUAAAAGAUGACGAUAUGAAAUCUGUCAGCCACAAGACAGAGGACGGACCUUUUCAGUGCAGCAAAUGUGGCAAACAGUUUUUCAACCAUCUGGUUCUUCAGCGCCACCAGAUGUUUAAUCCUCAGUGUCAAACCAAAACUGAGCGUGAGCCCGAUUCCAAGAAAAUUGUUGAACGGGACAGUGCACGGAAAAGGUUUCCUUGUCCAGAAUGUAACAUAACAUUUGAGCAAGGUUCUCUUUUAGCUGCUCACUAUGAAAGUGAGCACAGCAGCACUUUGGCAGCUGUGGCUGAACAAGGAGAGGGGCUCGCCUUGGUUGACCAAGUCCCACAGCAUGAUGUCAGCUUGAAUGGGAGUGAGUCUGUGUCAUCAACGCUGAAGGCAAAAGCUUAUCAAUGUCCCUUCUGCUCUAUGACCUUUGCUAAAGCAAGAGGUCUGCGUGCCCACAAAUGGCAGGCCCACUCGAAGAGGACAAAAGGUAAAAAGAUGGGGAUCUGGAGGAUGAAAACAGAGUCCGUUGCCUCAAGCGGUGAAGUUAAACAGACGGAAGAUAACAUGACAGUGACGGUAACGUUAAAAAAUAGCCCUGUUGCAACAGGAAAGAAGAAAACUGGAUCAGUUGGACCCCUUGUGAAAUGCCUUGACUGUGGGAAGCAGUGCAGUUCUGCGGGCACCCUCCUCGAACAUAAGAAGGUGUGCCUGGCAAUUAAGCACCAGUCUAAAGAGGACAUCCAAACUCCUGAAACGGCAGCUGAAGUUUCCCCGCCUCUCAACCGUCUGUCGGAGCAUAUGGCCAAAUGCCUCUUCAAGUGUGAUAAGUGUGGGAAAGCUUUCCAAACAGAGGGACAACUGGGAGCCCAUAAGACCAAGGCGAAGAGCCGACCUUAUUGUUGCGCUCUGUGCUGCCAUGGCUUUUGGACUGAGAACCAGCUGCAGCAACACCUCGCCUGGCAUGAUGAAGUCCGCUGUCGUCUCCCCAAUGAGGUUCGCUAUAGGCUCAGCACUGCAAUGACCUCAAAGCCAUUAAAACCCAACAUCCCCUCUGCUGACACCACAGGGACAUCCUGUCCACCCUCAAUGCUCAACCCAGACUCCAAGUCACAAAGUAGCCAUAAGUGCCAGCAUUGUGGCAAAGCCUUUCUCUCACCAACUGCAUUACAAAAACACGAAACUCAGCACUGUAACAACGACUCGUAUCAUUGCUUUAUUUGCCCCAGGACCUUCAGUGAGAUACAGGACCUCAUCAGCCAUUACCAGGAAUGUAUUGGUGAUUACAAAAGGCAGAGUGAUGCCCCUGCUGCUGUCUCCUCAGGAGAUACCAAUGGCCUUACUUGCCUUGAAUGUGGAACUACUUUUUGUCAAGAAACUGAUUUGCACCAGCACUAUACUGAACAUGUCCGCAGAGUGUAUUAGACUGUACAACCUGAAAAGGACUGAAGCGAAAACACUGUAGAUUGUUGAUAUUUGUUGCUUUUGGAGGUUGCCAAACUACUUAAACAUGUAAAGCUAUAAAACUGUUAGAAAGCUGUUUACGCUACGUAGAAAUGUGCUUUCCCUUUUUGUUUCUGUAUUAUUUGAGAUUCUUUGUUUUGAGAAGCAGUUCCUUAGGUCGUUUUCCUAUUCUCAGGCUUUCUUUUACACUGGAUUAGUAUAUGUACAGAUGUUUAAGAGUAACCCCUUUUAUAAGCUUAUGUUUAGAUGGCAGAAAUGUGUAGUUCUGAGCCACCUUUUGAUUUGACCUUGUUUUAAGUGGACCACCUGUGAUGGGUUAAACUCAAGAGCCAAUUACUGGCUAACAUAUGGUAGUUCAUAUCUAGAUAUAUCAGAAAAAGAAUUGGAAAACAUUUAUGCAUGUAAAUGUUUGUCCUCGCGCAUUUAAAAUCAUCAGAAAAGAGCAGCUGAAACACUACUUAUUUCCUAGUUUAUGAAAACAUUGAAAUAAUUCUGCUAAUAUAUACUAAUUUUGCUUGUGUCCUUUUAAAUACUGAGGUUUCGACAGAGAACAUAAAAGUAUAUGAUGUUCAACAAUGUACACUGUUUGUAGAUUGGUUAAAAAAAAAAAAAAACCCGGGUUUGAAGA